AUGGCUUCGGUUUCUGCUGAUAAAUUACGUCGAGAAAUUCAAAUAAUUUUAAAAGAUGCUGAUUUAAAUACAUUAUCAUCAAAAAAAGUUCGACAAAUGCUUGAAGCCAUAUUUAAAUGUGAUUUUACUGAACGAAAAAAAGAAAUUGAUGACAUACUUAUGGCUGAAAUAACAACACGUGAUACAAUGCCAAUGCCAAUAAAUCAGAUAAAUGUUGAACAAAGUAAUAUGAAUAAUGAUAUACAAUGUCAAAAAUCAGAUGAUAAUUCACAAACAAAAAACAUGCAAAUACAAUCAAAUAAUAAUGAUAAUAAUCAACAAGCAAAUAAAUCAGAUGAAGAAAUAGCUAUGGAAAUUCAUCAACAAGAAAAUCGUCCAAGUCUUCGACGAACUGUUAGUUCUACAAGUAUAACAACAGUAUAUAGAAAACCAACAACACCAUCACUUGCAAUUGAACGACGACGAACAUGUUAUAAUAAAGAAUUAGAUUUAAGUGAUCAAUUAGCUAGUGUUGUUGGAGGACAUCAAAUGCCUCGAUCCGAAGUUGUUAAACGUAUGUGGGUUUAUUUUAAACAACAUAAUUUAUUGGAUCCUGUUAACAAACAAUAUAUUAAUUGUGAUGAAACACUUGCUAAAUUAUUUGGUCGAAGACGUGUACGUGCAUUUGGUAUGUUAAAAGAUCUUUCCAGACAUAUGAGUGAUCCAGAUAAACAACAAUAA